AAGGGAGAGAAAGGCAGGGAGGGAAGGAGAAAAACUUAAUCGGCAAACGUAAAGGAAAGCCCCUCCUGUCCUGGAAAGAGAAUAGCACAAUACCGAUCCCAGGUCAGAAGAAAAGAAGCUUGUGGGGAGGGGUUUGUAUGCAAGGCAAGACCUGGGGAAGCUUAGGCUCCCUGUAGAUAACUUCCAUGCCCUCAGUGAUUUUUUCCCAUAGGGACUGAGGUGGCAUAGAGUGGAUGAACCCCCAGACCUGCAGGACCAGGUGUUGCUCAAAGUAUCCCUACUCCAGCAGAGCUGCCCAGAGGAGACUCUGCCUCUCCUCCUCACUUGAGGCUGGGAGCAGAAGAGCUCAUCUCACUAAAAAGAAAAGCUGCUGCUGGUCCAGAGACCCUUCUUUAGCCCUGAUCUAGUCAUUGCUUUCCAUGGGGGGACGUCCUCUGGAGCCCUGCAGUCCCUCCCAGUCCUGCUAAGUUCCCAGGAAAUACUGGUGAAAAGCUGAGCCCCAGGCAAGCAACGUGGGAUCCACAGAACGACAGCCUUCUACAGCAUAGCUGCCUCUGGUUAAAAUUACCGACUUCAUCAGGCAACACCCAGACCCAGGGCUGCUCCUCGGAGGAGAGAGAGGUCCAAGCAAUGAUGAAAACCAUGUCCAGUGGAAACUGCACCCUGAAUGUGCCAGCCAAGAAUUCCUAUCGCAUGGUGGUGCUGGGAGCCUCCAGGGUGGGGAAGAGCUCCAUAGUCUCACGCUUUCUCAAUGGCCGGUUUGAGGACCAGUACACUCCCACCAUUGAGGAUUUUCACCGCAAGGUCUACAAUAUCCGGGGAGAUAUGUAUCAGCUGGACAUCCUGGACACCUCAGGAAAUCACCCUUUCCCAGCUAUGAGGAGGCUUUCUAUCCUAACAGGUGAUGUUUUCAUCCUGGUAUUCAGCUUGGAUAACAGAGAAUCCUUUGAUGAGGUCAAGAGACUCCAGAAGCAGAUCCUCGAGGUCAAAUCCUGCCUGAAGAACAAGACCAAGGAAUCAGCUGACCUCCCCAUGGUGAUCUGUGGCAACAAAAAUGACCACAGUGAAAUCCACCGCAAAGUGCGCUCAGACGAAGGUGAGAACCUUGUGUCCAGUGAUGAAAACUGUGCUUACUUUGAAGUUUCAGCUAAGAAGAACACCAACGUGGAUGAGAUGUUCUAUGUUCUCUUCAGCAUGGCCAAGUUACCUCAUGAGAUGAGCCCUGCUCUCCACAGGAAAAUCUCCAUCCAGUAUGGGGACACUUUCCAGCAGAAAUCCUUCCGGAUGCGGCGAGUGAAGGACAUGGAUGCCUAUGGCAUGAUCUCUCCCUUUGCUCGCCGGCCAAGUGUCAACAGUGACCUGAAGUACAUCAAAUCGAAAGUUCUCAGGGAAGGUCAGUCAAGGGAGAGGGAGAAAUGCACAAUCCAGUGAAGAGGGCUUGUGCUUCUGCCUGAAGUCAUCAUCCACAUGAAGUGCCUUAAAGGAAAAUGGUCUAUGGAAUCACAGAACGGGCUCACUGGGUUCAUCGAGGAAACCCUGCACAGCAAAAGGGUAACUUUUCCUGCGGAUUCUGCUGAGUCAAUGAAUGUAAAUAACAUCAAUCUCAUAAGCAACAAGGAAAAAUUAUACGCCUGAGUGUGCAUUUCUCUGUAAUGUUGUCCAUCUUCAUUCCCCUUUGUGUCUAAAGAAAACUGACUUGAGAAGUAAAGAAAAAUCAACCUCAUCCUUAUAAAGAGAGUAGGUCAAAAAUGCACAGAAGGCAUCGGCAGUUACCCAAUGUGCGGGACUUGCUAAGAGAGGAGGUUAUGUCUUUGUAUGUGUGUGUGUAUGUGCAUGCGAGAAGCACUCCUUUAAAAACAAUGGGACUUUCAUUUCAAAGAACAGCAGUCUUACCAAGGGAGUGGACUCUGCAUACGGACACAAGGCUCUAAGUCACUUCUGAGGGGGCCUGCAAGAAGGUCAUGAUUUUAUGCUUGCUGGGUCAAUUAUUGACAUGAAUGUUGUUUUGUAUUAUAGAUUUUAUUUGGGGUUUGCUUUUUGUAUCAUGUGGGUUCUUAGCCAAAUCAGGUGGCAGAUGUGCUUGAUAUCAAAACAGUGUCUACUUUUAGAAGUGAAAGAUGUUUUCCAUCUGUAAAACUACGUAAUACUUACAUUGAUUGAAAAUGAAAUUGUUCUGCAAAAGGCCAAUACAUUUGACUGCUUUGCAAACCUAGUGUAAUAGUUUCUCAAAUCAGCCACACCAACUCUAAACUCCACAGUACAAAUGCCAUCCUUUGCCUUGUUGGACACCGGACCAACGGUUCCUUCCCUCUGCCUGUAUCAGCUGAGACUGACCACGUGUUGGCUUAGACCACUUCAUGGCAGGACUAGGUUUUCCUCCAACAGUAGAAACUGACUGAUUGUAGACUCUUGAUCUGGGACCAACUCCAUCAGAUUUCUUUUGUUAAUAUGUCUCUAGUCAUUUUGUUCAUGAAUUUUCCUCUUGUCUGAUAAAGGUUACCUUGACGAAACCUUUGUGCUACAGAAGACCUCUAGAAGUGAAGUUUCAUGCUGGCUGUCCAAAUGGGGCUGAACUGGCUGGCUAGAUAAAUCUGCAGCCAUCAUUCACAUCUUCCCUUCCUCAAAUCCAUCCAGGCUUUUUCAUCUUUAGCUCUCACUCUCCUGUUUCUGGUUUUGCUGUUUGAUCUGCUUUUCUUUGCCAUCAAAGCCACAUACAUUCUCUUAGAUGUAAGCUUGCCACUCUCACUAACUGAAACAAGAGGCGUGCAUGCAUAACUGUGGACAGAGUGUGGCCCCCAAAAUGUACACAACAGCAGAGUAUAUAUGGUUUACAUACCUCAGAAUGGCCUUUGGGUACCUUGUGUCUCUCCCUCACCUCCAAACUCUUGUUCUUGGCUGUAUUUGCUUUGCUGUGUCCUGGUCAGAGCUGUAAGCUAGUUCAUUCUGUAAUUUGACAGAAAUCUAGGAAUUAUGGUUGACCGUGAAAAUUAGCUGCUGGGACUCAAAAUCCUAUAUUCAUUUAUCAGUUCCACCCUUCAUUGGUACUGUAUAUUGACUGGUAAAAUACACUGUUCUAUUAACCCCAUUUCCAGAGCAGCAACUUUCCAACCAUUUCUCCCUCUCAUCUAUAAAUAUGUAUGCCACUUAUGAUUAAACCUGUUUUAUUUAUUA